AUGAACUGCACCCGUCACUUCCUGCUUAAAUGUUUCCUGAUUCUGCUUGGUAUGACUGCAUUGAGCAUUUGCUUUAUGCAAAGUGGAAUGUUAAAAAGCAUGAAAGGCUUACUAGAAUCCCGCAUUGGACCAUUUCUCAAUACAAAUCGUUCAUCGUGUUCAAGUAAGGGAGCUUUACUCACAAAACAACAUAUACCACAAAGGCAGUUGAAGGACAUUCUUAAAAGGAGAGCAGAGGAGUACAGGCAACACCAACUCAGGACAAGGACAUACUUUGACAGUCUUAUUGUUGUGCCAUCCAACUCUCCUCUCCAAUAUCCAGUCACAGGUUUUACAGUAUCUCCUCUUACAAAAUCUGUCAUACCAGGUCUUGCUCUUCAUGCACAAAAGAGGGAGGAGUACCAGGUGUCCCUGCAUGUGAAGAGUGGAGUGCUCUUAGUGAAGAAUGCUCUAGUGGAUGACAAGGUGGAUGGACAGGGUCAGAAUGAAUUAAACAUCUCAUCCACCAGUCUCUCACACCUCAAUAAUCUUCUGGGCAGAGUAACCUACACUAGCACCACUUACCACAUCAGAUCAUCAGAUCUGGUUAAUUUCUCUUUUGAGAACUAUGAGGCCAUAUUUCCUAUCAUGAUUAGAAGACCUACCGUCCCUGUUCUGUAUGACCCAGGAGAAGAUGUUAACUCACAAGUGACCAUAACAACCAAGACCUUUCUGAGGUAUAGGGAGUUGAACGUCCUCAUCAACAGCAUCCGGAACAUUUACCCCAAAAUCAAGAUCAUCAUUGUUGACGACAGCCUGAAUCCAGAAAGUGUUCGUGGCGACAACAUAGAACAAUAUAUAAUGCCUCCUGCACAGGGCUGGUUUGCAGGCAGGAAUCUGGCUGUAUCACAAGUCACCACCAAAUACUUCUUGUGGGUGGACGACGACUUUAUGUUCCUGAAUGGGACACGGAUCGAGAGCUUUGUGGAGAUUAUGGAAGCGAUUCCAGAGCUGGACAUUCUUGGUGGUGCGGUAUCAGGUGAUCAGUAUUAUUUCAAUUUUGAGUAUGAAGAGGGAGAUGAAGAGGAGGGCGGCUGCCUAAAACGCAUUAAAAAAGGGUAUCAUCAGCCACUUCCAGGCUUUGAUGGCUGCCUUUUGGUUGAUGGGGUUGUUAAUUAUUUCUUGGCUCGGACUGAUGCUGUGAGAAGGGUUGGCUUUGACCCUUUCCUGAAACGGGUGGCUCAUUCUGAGUUCUUCAUGGAUGGACUUGGACAGCUGAUGGUUGCCUCCUGUAAAGGCCUCUCCGUUGGUCACCAGAAACAUCGGUCAGAUGGCAAAUAUUCUUCUUACAGGAGUCAGAAGAAAACUGAUGCAAGGAAGAAAGUGUAUCAUCAUUUCUUCAAGAACUAUCUGAAAUUUAUCAAGUUCUGAAGGGCUUUUUUAUCC